CCAUGUUACAUCAUUAUUAUUAUUAUUAUUAUAAUUAUAAUUAUUAUUAUUAUUAUUAUUAUUAUUAUUAUUAUUAUCAUCAUUAUUAUCAUUAUAAUGACCCCAUCCUCUCUAUCUGUGCAUAUUACAGGUGUCCCUGAUCGUCUCAGGAGUGAAGUGACAGGCCUGGCACUCUGCUGCCAUGGAGACCAAACAGGAGCCCUCCGCUGUUUGGAGUCAGGGUGCUAACACUGAUUCAGGCAACCCCACACAGGUGCAUUUUGAAGGUGGCACAGUGGCCCAGAUAGUGUACAGUGGAGAUCAGCCCGACCGGGGACAGCAGCAGGUGGUGUAUACGGCCGAUGGGAACUCCUAUACCUCAGUAGAGUCUGCAGAGCACACACUGGUCUACAUACACCCUGCAGAUGGCACUCAGACUGUGUUUGCUGAUCAGCCACAGGUGGCUUAUAUUCAGCAGGAUGGUACAACUCAACAGGUCACAGUGUUACUGCCCAGUGGACAGAACAUGAACGCUGCCAAUCUGCAUGUUCUCAGUAAUGUAGCAGAGGCUCCACAAGCCAUCCUGGAGCCAGUUUCUCAGGAGCAGCUGUCAGUGUCCAAUUCACUCACCUCCAUGGCUGACAUCACUGACGCCCCAACCAGUCCCCUCGGGGCCACAGACUCCACAGAUGACUCUGACGAAGAAGAGGAAGAAGACUCAGAGAUGGAUGACUGGGAGCCUCGUCCGCCUCAGUCAUUCAACCCUCACAGCCUCUGGUGCGAGGAGUGUAAUAACUCCAACCCCUCUGUGUGUCUGAAGCACGGGGCCCUUCAUCCCAUCCCCAACCGACCGGUGAUGUCCAAGGCUCGGGCCAGUCUGCCUCUGGUCCUGUACAUCGAUCGCUUCCUGGGCGGGGUGUUCUCCAAGAGACGCAUCCCGAAGCGCACUCAGUUUGGACCUGUGGAGGGACCCCUGGUUCCUCAGAGCGAAAUGCAGGAUCACUACAUUCACUUAAAACUGUGCAUGCUGGAUGCAGAGAAAGAUGGAGAGAAGUCUGACGACACAUGGUUGGACCUUUCUGAUGAGGACAGCUGUAACUGGAUGAUGUUUGUGAGGCCUGCACAGAACCACCUGGAGCAGAACCUGGUGGCCUAUCAGUACGGCUCAGAAAUCUUCUACACGACCAUCAAGAACAUCCAACCAAAACAAGAGCUAAAGGUGUGGUAUGCUGCAUCAUAUGCAGAGUUUGUAAAUCAGAAGAUUCAUGAUGUUACAGAAGAAGAGAGAAAAGUGCUGCGCGAGCAAGAGAAGAACUGGCCUUGUUAUGAGUGUAACCGCCGCUUCGUGAGCUCCGAACAACUGCAGCAACAUCUCAACAUGCAUGACGACAAGUUAAACUCUGUUCCGAGAUCCAGAGGCCGAGGUCGAGGAAGAGGCAGGAAGAGAUUUGGAACAGGACGAAGACCAGGACGGCCACCUAAAUUUAUACGUUUGGAUCCUCCAGUAGAAGCUGGUGGGGACAAAACAACAGAGAUGCUGGAACUGACAGAGAAGCAGCCGCUGGAGGAGCGAGUAGAGGCAGCUCAGAAUGGGAUAAAGGUAGUGGAGCCAGAACCGGAUGCUGGGACUGAGGCAGAGGGUCCGAUUGUACCUGCUGCAGGGGAACCAGUCCCAGAGUCAGUCACACCUCCCUCCAGCAUGGAUCUGCCUGUUCCACUAAAGGAAGACCCCGCACAGAGCAGCCAAUCAGACGCCCACCUCACAUCUCAGGACAUGCGCCGUGCUAAAAGGAUACGGAACGCAGCGCUACAGCACCUUUUCAUCAGGAAGAGUUUCCGUCCUUUUAAAUGCACCCACUGUGGCAAGGCCUUCCGGGACAAAGAGAAGCUGGAUCUGCACCUGCGCGUCCACGGCAGGGAAGCCUACGCCUUCUCCUGCCACCUUUGCAGCAAGAGUUUCAUGAGUGACUCGGCCCUGGAGGAUCAUUUGCUGUUGCACACAGAGAACCGCUCCUACGCGUGUCUCCUAUGUCCAGAAACUUUUGAUAGGCUGGACUUGCUCAAAGACCACGUAGGGGUGCAUGCAGUGGAAGGUUGCUUCACCUGUCCCUCCUGUAAGAAGACUUUUACUGACUUCAUCCAGGUGAAGAAGCAUAUCCGCUGCUUCCAUUCAGAGAAGAUCUUCAAGUGCCCAGACUGUGAAAAGGCUUUCUGCCGGCCUGACAAGCUGCGGUUGCACAUGUUACGACACUCUGAUCGCAAAGACUUCCUGUGCUCAACGUGUGGCAAACAAUUCAAGAGGAAAGAUAAACUGCGGGAGCACAUGCAGCGCAUGCACAAUCCUGACAGAGAGGCCAAGAAGGCCGACCGGGUGCACCGUUCCAAAACCCUCAAACUGAAGGUGCCCACCACAGACUUCGAGAGCUUCGUGUUCAAAUGCAGAGUAUGCAUGAUGGGGUUCAGACGCAGAGGAAUGCUGGUUAAUCAUUUGUCCAAGCGUCACCCGGAGAUGCGUAUUGAUGAUGUGCCUGAGCUAACGCUGCCAAUUAUCAAGCCCAACAGGGACUACUUCUGUCAGUAUUGUGACAAGGUAUAUAAGAGUGCCAGUAAAAGGAAAGCUCACAUACUGAAGAACCAUCCUGGGGCAGAAUUACCUCCCAGCAUCCGUAAGUUACGUCCAGCUGCUCCCGGUGAGCCAGAUCCCAUGCUGAGCACACACACCCAGCUGACUGGUACCAUCGCCUCCGCACCCGUCUGCUGCCCACACUGCGCCAAACAAUACAGCAGCAAGACUAAGAUGGUGCAGCACAUCAGGAAGAAGCAUCCAGAGUUUGCUCAGCUCGCCAACACCAUCCAGGCUCCUCUAACAACAGCUGUAAUCAGCAGCGCUCCUGCAGUCAUCAGUGCAGACGGCACCACAACUGAGGCUGUAGUGACCACAGAUCUGCUGACGCAAGCCAUGACGGAGCUCUCGCAGACGCUGACAACAGACUACCGAACAGCGCAGGGAGACUACCAGAGGAUCCAGUACAUCCCAGUCUCCCAGGCAGGAGGCAGUCUGUCCCAACCGCAGCACAUUCAGCUGCAGGUGGUGCAGGUGGCUCCGGCCUCCUCGCCACAUUCCCAGCACCCGACAGUUGAUGUGAGCCAACUUCACGAUCCUCACGGUUACAGCCAGCACUCAAUCCAGGUACAGCACAUCCAGGUCACCGAACCCUCAGGCACUGGACAAGGUGCCACGCCGGUUACUGGUCAGCCCCUGAGCCCCACGUCUCAACAGGCGAGUCAGGAGCUGAGCCCCACCCAGCUGACCCCCGUAACUUUGGCUCAGAGCCACACCCUCCAGACCAGCAGCACUCAGCAGCAGCAGCAACAACAGCAGCAGCAGCAGCAGCAGCAGCAGGGCACUGUGCAGCACGCUUACAUACCUGGGAACUGGAACUACCGAGGCUACUCAUCUGAGAUCCAGAUGAUGGCUCUGCCUCAUGCGCAGUAUGUGAUAGCUGAGGCCAGCACACCUGUGUCUGGAGUCAACAGCAACCAAGUGAAAACGACACACUAUGUUAUCUCUGAGGGUCAGACCGAGCUGGACACCAAACAGACGGCUCCUCCGAACACAACCCAGGGCCACGCUGAACAUCUGGAGCAGCAGCCGAGCAAUCAGCAAGGCACCACGCAGUACAUCAUCACCACAACCACCAACGGCAGCGGUACUAGUGAAGUUCACAUCACAAAACCCUGAGCUGCUCAGUGAUGAU